AUGGCUAAUGGAAACGAGAGCAGUGAAGGGCCUGCUGGGCCCAUGGCAGCAGUAGUAGCUACCGCAGAAGGAAUGGUAGCAGAGAGUCCUUCCUCGGCUGUCUCUACCUAUAUCAAACUGGUGCUACUAGGGCUGAUCAUCUGCAUCAGCCUGGUGGGCAACCUGGUGGUGUCGCUGCUCGUACUGCGGGACCGGGCCCUGCAUAAGGCACCUUACUACUUCCUGCUGGACCUGUGCCUAGCAGACACCAUUCGCUCGGCCAUCUGCUUCCCCUUCGUGCUGGUGUCUAUAAAGAACGGCUCGGCCUGGACCUACAGCGUGCUGAGCUGCAAGGUAGUGGCCUUCAUGGCAGUCCUCUUCUGCUUCCAUGCCGCCUUUAUGCUGUUCUGCAUCAGUGUAACACGCUACAUGGCCAUUGCACACCACCGCUUCUACUCAAAGCGAAUGACAUUCUGGACAUGUGUGGCAGUGGUUUGCAUGGUGUGGACACUAUCUGUGGCAAUGGCUUUCCCGCCAGUUUUUGACGUGGGCACCUACAAAUUUAUUCGUGAUGAGGACCAGUGCAUCUUUGAGCAUCGCUACUUCAAGGCUAAUGAUACGCUAGGCUUCAUGCUAAUGCUGGCUGUGCUCAUUCUAGCCACACAUGUUGUCUACAUGAAGUUACUUCUGUUUGAGUACAAGCACCGUAAGAUGAAGCCUGUCCAGAUGGUGCCGGCCAUCAGUCAGAACUGGACCUUCCACGGGCCUGGGGCUACUGGCCAAGCGGCAGCCAACUGGAUUGCGGGCUUUGGGAGGGGCCCGAUGCCGCCAACUCUGCUGGGAAUCCGGCAGAACUUGCACAACCAGAACCGGCGCCUAUUGGGCAUGGAGGAGUUCAAAGCGGAGAAACAGCUUGGCAGGAUGUUCUACGUGAUCACCCUGCUAUUCUUGGUGCUCUGGUCUCCCUACAUAGUGGCUUGCUAUUGGAGGGUGUUUGUCAAGGCUUGCACAAUACCACACAGGUACCUUUCCACCACCGUGUGGAUGAGUUUCGCCCAAGCCGGGGUCAACCCUAUUGUCUGUUUCUUCCUUAACAAAGACUUGAAGAAAGGGCUCCUUUCCCACCUACCAGCCUGCUGCAGGACUAAACCUCAUCUGCCACGAGAGCCUUAUUGUGUCAUGUAAGCAGAGAUGAUGAUCUAAACCUGGAGAAAUAACAAGGGACAGGCAACAGCUGUGUUGGGGGAGCGUUUGCUUGAGCUGUUGUGGCGUUUGAUUAAAUGCAAGCUACUUGUAAGCAGUGGGUGUAAACUAGUGAGUGUAAUGGUUAAAACACUGGAAUGGUAAGCAUGUAUUUCCAUCUACCAACCCCUUUUCACUUAAAACAACAGCAUACAUGGAGUCAGACCUUGACUUUUGAUAACAAGAGAAAAAUUACUUUAAUAGCAAAACAUGCAGUUAUAAUGUAUUGUAUGUAUGUGUCAUUGGGGAAACCAAGCCAGACAAAACAGCCACAUAUAAAUUACAUAAGUGCUUCAAUGAGAAUAUAUAAUUUGCCAAUUCAAAAAAAAUCUUGGAUUGACACAAAAUAUAUUUGAGUUAGUUUUGGUGACAAAAAGAUUCCUGAGGACAAAGAAGCAACGUUUCUAGACUAAAUCUAAAUUUCACUAACAUGUCGGAUAGGGAUGUCACGAGAACCAAUACUUUGGUACCAAGUCAAUAACAAAAUUCUGAACACCCGCCUGUACUUUCUACAGUACCGCAUGUACCGAGAUGAAAUUCUUCCGGACCUGACCCAGGCAGCAUAUAUAUGCUACAAGUGU